AUGAGUCGCAUCUUCAUCACCGGCGCCACAGGUUUCAUCGGCGGCGAGGUCCUGCACGGCCUCGCACACUCGCGUCUUGCCUCGAAAACGGUCGCUCUCGUGCGCAGCGAGGCGCGCGCCGCGCAAAUCAUCGCAAAGUACCCGGCCGUCAUCCCGCUCAUUGCCGACUUGGACGCGAGUGACGCCAUCGAGACCGCUGCGUCUCAGGCAGAUGUGGUUCUUCACCUGGCGAGUUCGAAUCACGUUGGCAGCGCAAAGGCCAUUGUCCGAGGCCUCGGGAAGUCGCAGAGCGAUAGCCCAGUCUGGGUACAGAUUUCGGGCGCAAGCGUCCUCUCGGGUCCAGAAGUCGCCAAGCGCUCGUAUGGAAAUGCCGGUGCCAAGGUGUACAACGACGUGAAAGACGUCACCGAGUUGCGCGAAAUCAUUGCGUCGUCGCCCAACAGAGUGGUCGACAGGCUCGUGACCAAUCUGGCCGCCGACCAGCCUCGAGCGCGAACAGCCAUCAUCUACGGACCCAUGAUUUACGGUCUGGGAAAGGGCCCCGUGAACCAGCGCAGCAUCCAGAUGCCGAGCCUUGCCAGAGCGACUCUGAAAAACGGGCACGCUCCUUAUAUUGGCAAGGGCUUGAACGCCUGGAGCAGCGUGCACGUCUCCGACAUUGUGCAGCUGGUCCUCAAGCUCAUCGCGGCAGCGCAGGACAGCAACAGCCAGCACCCGCUGUGGAACAAGGACGGUAUUUAUUUCGCCGACGCAGGAAGAAUUCCUUUUGGCCAAGUCGCCCGCAAAAUAGCCGAUAUUGCGGCCGCCAAAGGACUCAUCAAAUUGUCCGCUGUCAAGGAAAUCGAUGCUGAGGCCGCGGAAUCCAUCAUGGCACAUGCUGCCGUGCUGCUCGGAACCAACGCGCAGACCAGAGGGGAUAGGGCCCGCACGUGGCUGGGAUGGGAGCCGCAAGGCCCUAGCCUCGACGCCGAGAUUGAGAGAUUGGUGACGGAGGAAGCUGCCAACAGCAAGAAGAGCGCACGGUCAAACAUGUAG